AUGGGCUGCGGGCAGUCCAGCGGUCGGCCGCCGCCUCACAGCACCGAACUCAGUUGGUUUUCUUUUUUUUUUUGAAUUUAAAUUGUGCGUUGUUCAUUCCGUUCUUUGAUAAAUAUGCUUCGGAAAAAUUUUCAGGCUUAAUAUUUAUUAAUUCUUCUUGAAAUGUGUAUAUAAAAGUCCCCAGUAACACUUCAAAAAUAUUCAGGCUUUAUCAAAACUUUUCAGGAAACCAAAAAUCAAAAAAAUUAACCCUUUAAAAAUGUCCCUUUAUUAAUACUCCAUUCACCUCUACCUUUAGACGAAAAAGGAGACGUCUGAGUCUCUUCAUUUCACAUACUCUUUCGCUCAUUUUUCAAUUUUUAUAUAUGCUCUCAAGCCAGCGGUAAACAUACCAUACUUAAAAUUUCACAACUUGAAACUGUCUGGUUUCUCUGCGCCCUCUCGCGUUUGAAUGCUAUUUUACCCAUAAGCUAUGGUGCCUUUCUUUAAACUUAACCUUACACUUAACCUAAACUUAACCUUAACCUCAACAUAACCUUAACCUACACUUAACUUAACCUAAACUUAACCUUAGCCUUAAAAGGAGUGCCCUGAUGUUUCUCUGCCUCAUGCUAUUUCGUCGUUUUCUCGCAGUCAGAAAGUGAAGAAACAGCAUGUGACAGAGAAAUAUUCGGGCGCCACAGUUCAGAGAUCAACUUUGUAGUGAGGGAAAAGAGAGCGCAGACAUGUCAGACGGUUCCAAGUCAUAGUAAAUUCAUCUCCCUCUAACUAACAGAAAAGUCGUGGAACACGAGAUCAACCGGCGGCGGCAGCAACAUAGCCACCAAUGGGAGUAUCAAUGGAAGUACUGGAGGUGGCAGUAGCGCCAACACUCCGAAAUUGCGGUCGAGCAAGUUUGCCGCGUCGCCAAGGCUCGGCGAUUCGAAGCGCCGUUCGCAGAAGUCGCCGAGGGCCCCGAGUCCGACGCCUCAAAUCCGUAAGCGACGGCAUGAUGAGCAACACCAACGCAUCUGUUUCGGAACUGUCAGCUUUGCACGAUUGUUUCUAGAAGUGGUUCUUCACUUCUCUGCACCACGAUAUCUCAGCUACAGAGAUUUGAGUAUCCUCCAUGUUUCACACAACAAAUAUGUUGAAUGGUUUAUUUAUUAUCCUUUCUGGUUAGCCUAAUCUUUUAGGGUUCCAUAGUCUGACAUGUUACGGUGCACCCCGCGUCGAACUCUCGGUGCGCCCCCCAGUGUAACCAAAAAGUGCACCCCGUCCAGCUUCAAAUGCCUAUUAAGGUACUUUCUCUGUACACGACUACGAAGUGAUUAGUUCCCAGUAUCCCCAUUUUCCACAGUUUUAUCCUAGGUCGUUACGGUAGCUCAAAAAAAUUUGUUUAUUUCCGACCGGUUUCCCCAGAGGUGCACCCCAUCCGGGUCAGAUGCGGGGUGCAGCGCAAAAAUCAUUGAAAAGUCCACUUUGGGGUUCACUGCGGGGUACAACGCCAUCUUUGUUAGAGAUGUUGAUGAACUUGAUGGAAGCGUAUAGCAAUUUUAUAAAGUUCAAGUCUGUUAAAGGCAUAGGGGCAGUAAAAAAUGGGGUUUCAGGUAAAAGCAGUAUCUUAUAUAGUUUUUCAUCGCGAAUCGAACUGUGCUAUCAAAAAAAUUACAGAUGUGACAACUUUAGAAAAAAAAACGCGAUUUUACUCUCCCGCCUUUAAUUUUGAAAGAAAGCUUUGGAUCGGCCUACGGACAAAUGUUUACAGUAGCGGUGCACGCGAUGUUGCGGACGGCUCAUUAGACUCGCAUUUUGUGUGAAAUAACCGGCUAUCUGCUUCGAAUUAAGGGUUUCAUCUCUGAAAAAUCGAUUAAGAAAACAGAAAACACACAUUGAUAAUAAAGAAAACACAAAUAUUCGCUAUCCCAAUCGAAACCUAUGUAAAAUCAUCAUUUUUCACCAGAGAAGCAUUUUUGCGAUCAAAGUUUGCAAAUUAUUCAUGAAUAGCAAGCUUUUGUGACGAAAAGAACUUUGUUGACAACAGAAAAAAUUGAAAAUUGAAAGAAACGAAGAAAAAAGCGAAAAUCCAGAAGAUGGCGAAGCCUGUUGUCCGUAGAGCAACUUUACUGCAAAGCGCCCUUUUUGCGGGAACUCAAACUUUCCUCUCUCCGAUUUUGAAUUAUUUUUUCUCCAAAACAAGGAACUUCUGUACGUUUUCAAGUUCACCGUUCGAUUCGUAAUGAAAAACUCUACAAAGUACUGCUUUGAACUGAAACACCGUUUUUUACUGCCCCUAUGCCUUUAAGCUUGAGAUGAUUAGCACUCUAACGAAAAUGAGGGUGAACCCCGCAGUGGAACCCCUUUUCGUUGAUGUUUCCGGUGCACCCCGCGUUCGACCACAAUGGCGUGCACCUCUGGGGCAAGUGGUCGGAAAGAAACAUUUUUUGAGCUACCUUUCCAGCCUAGGAUAAAACUGUAGAAAAUGGUGAUAUUGGGAACAACCCACUUCGAAGUCCAGGAUCUUCAUCUGGUACAUCAAGGAGUUGUUCUGGCCAACUUUCAGGAAGACCCCCAUCGCAAUGGGUAAUGACGUCGCCAGACGGAAUACGUACCUAAUAGGUAUUUAAAGCUAAACGGGGUGCACCCCUGGUUACACUGCGGGGGGGCACCGAGGGUUCGACGAGGGGUGCACCGCAAUUUUUGUGAGAGCAUCACUCAGAGAUUUCUAUAAGUUACAAUUCCUGUAAUACCUCCUUUCUCAGUACCACUCAACGGUUCUCUUCGAUCUGAGAUCCCUUAAAAUGCCUAUUCACUGUGUUCUUGCACAUGUUGGUUUUCUACUGAUUCCUUUUUCAGUACCUACAGCCUAAGAUCUUCAAAAUUCGGAGCAGGACCUACACGCAACGCAUUAAGCACCGUUUAACCUACACAAUCACUGAUGAGUUCGGAACUUCCUUGUAAACGACACAUACAGGCUUUCCUGUGGGCCACUCCAUAACUGGAGAAACUCCUUCUUGAAUCUGAAUCGUAUUGCACGUCUUCUAACCACAGAAGCACCUUCACAGAAAGCUGAAUUACGGAUCUUAAUGCACAAAAGUUACACAAUCACUGAAAAUGUUCGGAAUCUCCUUGUAAACGUCACAUGUAUGCUAAUUCAUGGAUCUGAAUCAUAUUGCACGUCUUCUAGCCACAAAAAAACCUUCACGGAGAGCUGAACCACUCAGGCUUUUAAUGCACCAACUUUCUCGAAUUCUUAAAGAAUCAUAGCUUCCAACAUUGAAGCUAUCAAGCUUCUGGCUCUACUUAGAUGUCUUGCUGACGGUUUCAUGGUCAUCAAUGACGUCAUAAAAAGCAAAACUUCUACCACUUCCUCAGUCACUCGAGCACAGACCCUCAAUUUCAAAUCACCAAACCCAACACUUGCAGCGAUCAAAUCGGCGAUCCUCAUCCAAAAAUGGUAUCGCCGAUGUGACACAUACAGGCUUCCCUGUGGGCCACUCCAUGAUUGGAGAAACUCCUUCUUGAAUCUGAAUCGUAUUGCACGUCUUCUAGCCAGAGAAGCACCUUUACAAAAAGCUGAACCACUCAGUCUUUGACUGCACCAUUUCUUCUUCAUACCCUGAAGCCACAGACCUUCUAAAAUCAAAGUUAUCAAGCUUCUGGCUCUACCUAGAUGUCUUUCUGACGAUUACAUAGACAUCAGUGACGUCAUGAAAAGCACAAAUUCUACCACUUCCUCAGUCACUCUAGCACAGAUCUGCACGGAAACCACCAAAAAAAUCAAUAAAUUUUACAUUUCCAGCGAUCAAAUCGGCGAUCCUCAUCCAAAAAUGGUAUCGCCGAUGUGUGGCCCGACUGGAAGCGCGAAGACGAGCCACCUGGCAGAUCUUCACCGCCUUGGAGUACUCCGGCGAGCAGGACCAGCUCAAGGUGGGAGUUCUGAACUUUAUUCAGGAUGAGGUUCGCUUUCAGCUGUACGACUUCUUCUCGGACGUCAUCACGGCGAUGGUCAACGACGAGAAGCCGAAGAACGACGGCCGGGGGUCGCCGUUGAUGAGCACACUCAGUCAUUAUGCCAAUCCGAUGGGAGGUAAGAGAGAAGAUCGCCCAAGUGGUGCGGUCGAAAAUUACAAAAGAUGUUUGACCAUGACGUCAUAGGAAUGACCUUAAUGACGUCAUUCAGUCCAGACCAACUAUUAUGAUCAGAAAUAACAUGACUGACGACAAAAAUCAAAAAAGUUGAAAUUUGACGUUAUUUUCAAUGAGAAGUAGGUUUGGUGACGCCACGGACUGAGAAAAUUCUUUUUGGAAAAGAGCCACUUUGUGACGUCAUGAAUAGAGAAUUAAUGAAGUCAGAAACGUUUAAGAAAUAAGUUAUUUAGUCCAAGAACAGAAAGUACAGUAAUUUUUCGAAUACACUUUUUUUUCAACAGAUAAUGAAGGAAGCGAGGCGAUCAAAAGAAUGUUGGAAGAGACGAAUCCGGCCGAAUUCACUGUUGACAAGCAUUACAAGGUUGGAAAUCUACAUUUUUCAAUUCUUAAAAUUCUUGAGGCUUUACAUAAACUUGUAUCCCUGGGAAAGUUUUUAGUGGCCACUGUAGGGUUUUGACGUUUUAGUGGCCACUAUAGUAGUCAAAUUAGUGGCCUCUUAAGGGGUUGAAAUUAUUGGGCACUAUUGAAGUCUAAGUGCUACUGCUAGACUACUAAAAAUUUAAGUGGCCACUUUAGGGGUCAUUGGAUCAACAAAACUGGUCCAAUCUGUCUGUUUUAAAACUAUCAGAGUUACUGGAAGGAAUACUGGACGAUAAACUACUGAAGUGGCCACUAAAACGGAAAAUAGAGGCCACUACAGAGGUGGGUUAAGUGGCCACUUUAGUGUCCUUUCCAAAUAGUCCUUCUCGAGCCUCUAUAAUGGCUACUGAUAGUUUUCCCAGCAGCUCUCAGUAAGGUUUCCGAAAAAAGAAUAGGCUUUUUUUACGCUGAUUUCGGACUUGCGCCAAAAGUGGACCGAAAAGGUCUGAAAAAAGUUAUGGAAAAAGACCUCGCUGGCCAAAGUUUCGCUAGCAAGGGAGUUUUGAAGCCUUGGAACUUCUAUUUGACAUCACAAAAAUGGUCAAGUUGGGUUCAAGACUGACUUCUGUAGAUUUGAAAGACCUCAAUUUUUUUACAGACCAACUCGGUAGCUUAGAUUUUGAAUUAACAUUAAAAUCUGCAUUUAGUGACAUCGGUUCAUCAACCUACUUUAUAGUGUUUUACCUUUUCUAUACCUGGAAAAACUUAGAAAUUAAGAAUUUUUUUGGGGGGACAGCAGACCUUGAAAAUCAAUUUUCCUCGUUCAGGGACCAGUUUUGAGCCUCCCCCUGGACAAGACGCAGAUCAUGCAGAUGAUUGAGGGUUUCAAAGUCAAUAAGGUACUUAUUCAAGUUCAAACAUGCUUCUGAAUCCUAAAAUCUCAAGGUCCUUCACCCAAAAUACGUGCUGACAGUUCUACACGAAGCCAGGAGGGUCCUAAAAAGCUUGCCUUCGGUUAUUCGGCUUUCAACUUCCAUUUCUAAUCAGGUACUUUCGAUUUAAUAAAAUUCAAUAAAAGUAAAAUUUUUUUUAGAUCACGAUAUGCGGUGAUUUACACGGAAAAUUCGACGAUCUUUGCAUCAUAUUUUACAAAGUUUGUUGUUUUUUUUAAUUAACAAUUUAUGGAUUUAUUGAAAACAACAGUGAAAAAGGCGAUUUAUUGAUGAAAAAAAGCUAUACCCAUAAAAAAAGAAAAAUUCAGAUCCAGAACGGGUACCCAUCCGUGGACAAUCCCUACAUAUUCAACGGCGAUUUUGUGGAUCGAGGCGGCCAAUCGAUUGAAGUUAGCUUUUUUAUGGGAAUUUAAAUUAAAAUUGACUUUUUCGAUGUAUUAUUUUUGAACUUUUACGCCCAAAAUGUAAUUUUUUUAUCUCAUUAUUUUCAGCUUUUGUCUUCUGUUCCACUUUGAGCUCCUUACAGUGGGAAAAAUUUUUUCGAAAAAACUCUAGUGGCCACUUAAGAGGUUCCUCAAGGACAACUUGGAGGGGACACUAAACCCAAGCCACUAUUUCACGCCUUAGUGGUCACUAAAGUAGUUUUUAGUGGUCCAGUAGCGCCCCUUAAAGUUCUAAAGAGGUCACUAAAUUGUAUUCACUUUAGUGGUCACUAAAUCGAUUGCUGUAUUGGCCUCUAAAACGUCAAAACCCUAAAGUGGCCACUAAAACCACCUCUAUAGAAGCCACUAUUUUGCGUCUAAGUGGUCACUACAGUGGAUUUUAGUAGUCAAGAAGCGCCACUUAGAGUCCUAAGGAGGUCACUAAUUUUUAGUCACUUGAGUGGUCACUAAUUCGAGUGCUACAUUGGUCUCUAAACGAAAAAAACCCUAAAGUGACCACUAAAAAUUAUCCGGAUAAUACUCUAAUUCUAGUUGCACAGUAAAUUUUUUCCCCCGGAAAAGUAAGAUUUUGUGAAUCGCCUUAUAUGCUAAACAAACGCUACAGGAUCUACUCGGAAAAAAAAAUUUCGAGGUGCUUUUCAUCGUAAACUUUUCAAAUUCUCAAAUUUCACCGAAAAAUCGUAAUUUCUCAUAAACUAUAACAGCACACUUAUCAAAGUAAACCAAAAACAAGAUUAUUUAAAAAAAGAUUUCUUCUGCUCUCCAAGACUUUAUCCUUAUUGUCUUCAGCUCAAACUCGCAUUAUUCGACUUUAGGUCAUACCAAAAGCUCGAAGACUACCCUAAAAGAUACCAUUUUCUACCAUAAACUCCAAAAUUCCAGGUACUAUGUGUCCUUCUAUCCUUGGUGAUACUGGACCCGAUCGCAAUCGUUUUGAAUCGAGGAAACCACGAAGACCACAUCAUGAACCUCCGAUACGGGUUUAUCAAGGAGCUCAUGACCAAGUACAAGGUUCGCUUUUGGGUCUUCAUUUAUUCAAUUCCAAAUUUCUUUUUUGAAAAGCGGGGAUAUGAUAAUCGGGCCGCGAAAAUCGAGCCUCCAUUUCUGCACUAUUUAUUUUUCUCUGUUCGUCUCGCCCUGUACAAAAGGCGGCUCGAUUUUCGCAGGCUCGAUUUUUGCGGCCCGAUCAUCAUAUACCCUGAAAAGCGACUUGACACUUUUUGAAUGUCUGCGUCUCUCUGUUCCCUUACCGACGAGGUCAGAGGAAAAUGAAAAUAGCACGUAAACAUGAGAGAGUCGCCGAGAGGAAAGGAGGGCGCAGAGAAAAACGAAGUAGAGCCCUUGGAAAUGCGGCGGGAAAUAAAAGUUCAAAAACGAGGAAAAAUCUAGAAAAUGCAGACGUUUAUACUAAUAUUGAGUAAAUAAAAUGCGAAUAUCCUGAAAAAAAUAGUCGAAAAACCAUCAGGAAAAGGAAAAAAGCUUUUCGAAUUUGAAUUUCCCGCCAAAAGCCGCGUCGCGACCGCAACGCAUCCUUGCUAUAGAACUUGUUCAAAGCCUAUUAUUUCCAGCAGAACUUGACUAGGAAAAUGAAAGAAAAUGAAUAGAUUUUUAAGGAGAGCGCAGAGAAAAACAACAUAUCGCCAAAAACGAAGUAGAGCUUGUUGAAGUCGCAAUGCGGCGGGAAAUAAAAAUUCAAAAAAUGGAGAAAUUCAGAAAAUGCAGACAUCUAUAUAAAUAUUGAUUCAAAUAAGUGGCUAAAAUCAUGAAAAAUAAUCAAAUAACCAUUAGAAAAAAGAAAAAACGGCCUAUGAAUUUGAAAUUCCCGCCAAAAGCCGCGUGCGACGGUAAAUAAAAAUUCAAAAAAUGCGGACAUUUAUACUGAUAUUAAUUCAUAUAUGUUUCCAAUACUCUGAAAAAUAGUCAAAAACGAUUAGAAAAAAAGGCCUUUGAAUAUUCAAAUUUCCCGCCAAAAGCCGCGUCGCGACCGCAACGCAUCACUACGCACGGCAUUCCUAAUGGGGUGAGGGAAUGUCGUCAAAGUUUCUGAGUUUACAAAAAUAAGUAACACCGGAUAAAAUGACGUCACAGUUACACUGAGUAUUCAACGUUAAUAACUUGUUUGUUCGAUCGCCUUUGGCUGCGUACAGAUUUGAAUUUUCACGCCAAAUUUUUUUUGACGUUUCCCCACGACCGCCGUGUACGGUAGAGAACGAAAAUUAACUGAAGUACUGAUAAUGACAAGAUUUCCAGGAAAACGCGACGCCGAUCGCCAAAAUGCUAGAAGACGUGUUCUCCUGGCUGCCGAUCUGUACGAUAAUCGACCAGGAGAUUUUCGUUGUCCACGGCGGGAUUUCCGAUCAAACGGAUGUCGCAAAACUAGAGAAGAUCCCCAGAAAUCGAGUAAUUACCUAGGUAACUUCAGUACCUGGCAAACUCAUUUUUCCAGUUCCAAUCAGUCCUACGGCCACCGGUGAACAAAGGAGGUGAUGGGAAAAAUGGAGUGAAUGUGGAUGAAUGGAAGCAAAUGCUCGACAUCCUAUGGAGCGAUCCGAAACAGAAUAAGGUUCAUUAAAACAUAGAUUUAUCAUUGAUAAUAAUUUUAGGGUUGCUGGCCGAAUGUAUUUCGAGGCGGCGGUUCGUAUUUUGGGGCCGAUAUUACAGCUUCAUUUUUUUGGAAAAAGUUGGUUUUUUUAUAGUUAUUGAAAAAGGGUGAAGAUUCUAAAUUCAUCAAGAUGAACUCUAGAAACCUUUCCCCCCAAAAAUCUUGCAAAUGUUUUUUUCGAGUUAUGAAGCUUCAAAGUCCGCAACAUACACAACAAAAAAAGCUCGAUUUCAAGCUUUUUGGAUUGGCCUGUGAGGGGGAGGGGUAAAAGACUAGGGACAUUUUCAAACCCCCCCAAAAAAUUUUUUUCGAGUUAUGAAACUUAAAAAGAGUGCAAAAUACACAUACUAUGACAAAAAAAGCCCUGUUUCAAGCUUUUUAAAUUUUUCCUGUGAGGGGGAGGGUAAAAAUUUCCCGAAUAAGGAAUGUUCCCAGCUCACAGUGGAUCUUCUGAAUGAGACUAAGCUCCCUGGAUUCACUUUUUCACGCUGAUUACAAAUCUGUGCUCAGAAUCUGCCCUCGAAGCCUGUGAAAAAAGUUAGGGGCUGUCGAAGUUGAAAAUUUCGAUCGAGCUCAUUUUUGCAGAGUAGGUUCAUGUCACUCUGGUCAAGAAAAAACUAUUUUUGCCCGGAUCUCGGUAAAUGAAACCGUGGUUCGGACGAUUCUGAGCAUUUCUAGUAGUAGAGUGCCCCCCCCCCCCCCCCGACUACAAAUGUUUUUCAAACGCUUUACUGUUCGUUUCGCGACAGUACUAGAACAGUAAUGCGUUCGAAAAAUUGGGAGUCUGGGGGAAGCUCUCUACUUCUAGUGGUCACUUAAGGAUGCUGAAGCCGAAAAACUAAGCGUAUUGAGCCUAGUUUCCUUCAGAAGUCUCACUGUGAGCUGAGAAAGUUUCCUAGUUGCCUUGUUAAAAAUAAUAAUUUAUUCAAUUCUUUUCUUGAAAUUCAGAAAGCCUGGGAUUUUUUUCAUCAAUCAAAAUCAAAUCAAAUCAUUUAUUUUGUUGUUUUAGUCAGAUGUAAUCGACUUUUCAAAAAAGUUUCUCACUAUUCCCGAAAUCUCAGGUUUUAAAAAUUUUCUCUUGAUGCUGAUCCAUAAGAAAAAUGGGUUCGAAUGCAAAAAGUCAAAUAAAAUUACAGAAACGGUUUCCGGCUGAUAGUCCGAUCACACGAAUGCAAGUUCGAAGGCUACGAAUUCACGCACAAUAACACGUGAGGAGCUUUUUCUUAACUGGUUAUGAGGUUCUGAUUUUUCGAAAAGAUUUUUGACAGCCUCCGCUGAUUUUUAUUGUUUACUUCACCUUAUUUUAAAGCAUUUGAAUAUUUAUUUCACUCUAAUACAUAAAAUAACGUGAGCUACAAAGAAAGAGCAAAGUUUGAGUCUUGACGCCUAAGAUUUCCCCAAAUAACGGUUUUAUUUGACACAGCAAGGGAAGUUUCUAGAGAAUAACAUUUGAAGAAACUGAAAAAAAAAUCCCAUAAUUAUUUUUAGUGACCAAAGUGACAACCCGGAAGCCUAAACUUUUUUUAUCAAACUUGACCUAAAAAAAGUUUUUAGAGUCGUUAGCUAUCGGAAAUUGUGACGGAAAUGAAGGUUCUCUAUGUAAAUGCUUUCCAAAUCUGAUAAUGGCGCGAAAUUUUUGUUUUUUAUAGCAACUUCCAUCAAUUGUUGUACAUGUUUAGCAAUGGAAAAUCGCGUUUUAUCGACGGAUAUUUUUUUUUCUAAAAAAUAAAUCCGCAAAAAUUGAAGCGGUCAAAGUUUGUCAGUGGGAAGGUAAUUUUUUGUGUUUUUUGCUUUUUCAACUUUUUUAUUCGUUUUUUCGAUUUUCUAAUGUACAAGUUGUUUUUUUCAUCGGUAACCCACUGACUGCGGACCGCUUCUGUUUCUUCUUAACACUUUCUGGUAUAUAUAGGACGAUGCGAAGUUGCGCCAGACUCCUUCCGGUUCUCGGUAUCAUCACUACGAAGCCCCGCCCCUUUUCGAUAUAUUUCGAAACCCUUUUGCGAAAUCGUAAAGACUCCGCUGAGAGAAAGAGGCGUGGCUUCGUACUGAUAAAAGAGGAACUGGAAGGAGUCGGGCGCAAGUUUCCAUCGUCCUAUAUAAACCAGGAAGAACUGAUUGGGAAGGAGAACGGUCCGAAGUCAGUGGGUUAUCAAAUGAAAUGGUCGAACGAUAUAAAAAAAAAAUCAAAAAAUCGAAAAAAAGCGCAAUAACAUCAGCGCAACAACUUCCCCACUGACAACCCUUGACCGCUUCUUUUUUGCAAUUCGUGAAAAUAAAUGGACAGGUAAAAUUCACGGGCAAGGUCCAGAAAUACCUAAAAAGAAGCUUUUGAAAAAAAGCCUCACAGCCUUUUUUUCUUGAUAAUCUUCUAAAAAGUACUUAUCAUAGGAGGAAAAAAAAGAAACGUGAAAAAAGCAGAUUUGAGCAAAUUUUUAGCCCCUUUUGGGAACUCAAAAGGAGCUCUUGUUUUUUUAUUUUUUGAGUCCGUUUGGACUUUUCCCGUGGUUUUUCCUGUGGAAAUUCCAUUACUAUUCGCGCCGAAAACUGAUAUUUUGUUUUCCGAUUUUCAAUUCAUAUAGCCUCCUUUUGAACUGCUUUUCAAGGUAUCCGCUGAAACUACAAACCCAAAUUUUCUAGUAAAUCCGCAAAAAAUUGAAGCGGUCAAAGUUUGCCAGUGGGAAGGUAAUUUUUUGUGUUUUUUGCUUUUUCAAUUUUUUUUAUUCGUUUUUUCGAUUUUCUAAUGUACAAGUUUCUUUUUCAUCGGUAACCCACUGAUUGCGGACCGCUUCUGUUUCUUCUUAACACUUUCUGGUAUAUAUAGGACGAUGCGAAGUUGCGCCAGACUCCUUCCGGUUCUCGGUAUCAUCACUACGAAGCCCCGCCCCUUUUCGAUAUAUUUCGAAACCCUUUUGCGAAAUCGUAAAGACUCCGCUGAGAGAAAGAGGCGUGGCUUCGUACUUAUAAAAGAGGAACUGGAAAGAGUCGGGCGCAAGUUUCCAUCGUCCUAUAUAAACCAGGAGGAACUGAUUGGGAAGGAGAACGGUCCGAAGUCAGUGGGUUAUCAAAUGAAACGGUCGAAUGAUAUAAAAAAAACCAAAAAAUCGAAAAAAAAAAAAACGCAAAAACAUCAGCGCAACGAUGUCCCCACUGACAAACCCUUGACCGCUUCUUUUUUGCCAUUCUGGGAAAAGCUCUAGUGGCCACUUAAGUGAUCCCUCAAGAAAUAUUUAAAGAGUACACUUAAGCAACUACUUGGCAAUUUCAUGGAAAAUAUAAGCGACUGUAAAUUUUUCGUAUUAUUUGGGGUAAUUUCACUACUAUUCGUUCUAAAAAUCUGAAUUUUCGUUAACGUUUAUUCUCGUCGUGAUCGAAGUUUUCAAGAACGCCAAUAAAUGAAAUUGAACCAAAAAAAAAUUUUUUUCAGAAAAUGAUAUGUUUUUAAUCAAAAAUCAUCGAAAUCUUCAUUCUGUUCCGAAAUAUAUAUAUAUAUAUGGCUCACUUGGGAUUAAUUCAAGGUAUUUUUCCUAUGAUAAUUGUGAAUUUUUUUGGUACAUUGAAACUUUUUUUGGGUUUUUCAAACCUUUCUUGUAAUUUUUCUUGAUUCAAAAUUGAAUUUUUCAAGCGAUCCUUCUUUGAAUAAAAAACCAAAAGGCUGGUCAAGGAUUCGCUUGUGGAUUAUCCCAACGCAUCGGGUGGUCCACUACUACGGACCAGCCGUUUCUCUCCGAUUUCUCUUGGUUUAUAUACACGGAGGCUUGUUUGCGCCCGACCUCACCUGACUUUCUUUCGCGCAGAAAAAAAAGAGCUGAGCAAACUCAAAAGAAACGUAGAAUGGUUUGAGAAGGUAGUUUCAGUUAAUAAAAGUCGUUAUUUCGAAAUCCUUGUAUCUCAGUCCGUAACCCACUGACUUUGGACCGCUUCCAUUGCUUAUUAGGACGUUUACGGUUUAUAUAGGCUCAUUUUGAACUGCGCCAGAAAGUUUACGACUUUGAAAAGGUUUCGAUAAAGAGGCGUGGCUUCGAACUGAUAAAAGAGGAACUGGAAUGAGUCGGGCGCAAGUUUCCAUCGUCCUAUAUAAACCAGGAAGAACUGAUUUGGAAGGAGAACGGUCUGAAGUCAGUGGGUUAUCAAAUGAAAUGGUCGAAUGAUAUUAAAAAAAAAUCGAAAAAUCGAAAAAAAAAAGCGCAACAACUUCCCACUGACAACCCUUGACCGCUUCUCUUUUGCUAUUCUGGGAAAAGCUCUAGAGGCCUCUUAAGAGGUUCCUCGAGUACUACUUGGAGAGUACACCAAAGUGGCCACUAAAGCCACUACUUUGCAUCUUAGUGGCCACUAUAGUAGUUUUUAGUGGUCCAGUAGUACAAAUUAGGCUCCUAAAGCGGUCACUUGAUUUCAUUCACUUAAGUAGCCACUAAUUCGACUACUUUAGAGGCCAGUAAACCCUAAAGUGGCUACUAUUUUUUAGUGGCCACUGUAGUAGUUUUCAGUGCUUUGUUAGUUAUACUGGGAAUUUUUUUGCCACUUAAGUGGCCACUCUUUCGACUAUUAUAGUGAGUACUAGAAUCUCAAAACCUUAAAGUGGCCACUAAACCACCUUUAUAGAAACCACUAUUUUCUUAGUGACCACUAUAGUAGUUUUUAGUGGUCCCGUAGUACCACUUGGACCUUUUAGCCAUUUAAGGCCACUAUUUCGACUACUAUAGGAGCCACUAGGAUCUCAAAACCCUAAAGUGACCGCUAAAACGUUUUUUCUUUCAGAUGUCUCACCGUCUUCUCGGCCUCCAACUACUACGAAACAGGGAGCAAUCGGGGAGCCUACGUCAAAUUCAUCGGCAAGAAUAAACAGCCUCAUGUCGUCCAGUACAUGGCCACGAAAACUCAUCGGAAGACGACGUUAAGGGAAAGGUGCCAAGAAAACCAAGUCCAGAAAAAGCACUGAAGAUUUCUCAGACUGGGAGUGGUUGAAGAAUCGGCAGUGAAAGAACUGAAGGAGAAGCUCUCGUCUUUCGCAAAUGAGCUUCAGAAGGAGUUCGCCAACAUCGACACCGAUAAUAGUGGUAAGUUUUUGGAAAAUUGGAAGAUUGUGCGCUCUACAGAGAAAAUGAGGGGGGGUGAAAACGUUUUCUAGUAAGGAAUGUUCACAGUGGGUCUUCUGAAUGAGACUAAGAUGUAGUUUUUCACGCUGAUUACGAAUCUGGGCUCGAAAUCGGCAUCCGAAGCCUUUGAAAAAAGUUAGGGGCUGUCCAAUUUCAAAAUUUCGAUCGAGCUCAUUUUUGGAGGGACUCUCUCGUCAAGAAAAAACUAACUUUUGCUCCUCGGUUGAAAAAAACCGUGGUUUGGACGUUUCUGAGCAUGUCUAGAAGUAGAGUGUUCCUCUACUUCUAGUGAUCCCUUAAGAAUGCUGAAAUCCUAAAUUUGCCCUAGGAAUGCUCAGACACUUCCAGUUCACGUUACAGAAGUCCGAGAAAGGGCUAGUUAUUCCAAGGAAAUCCGAAAAAAUUCCUUCAAAAGACUAAAAAAAAGCUGAAGAGGUUCAUAAACGUCCUAAUCUAAGAAAUUUCGAAAAAUGACAUUUUUUGGGUUCCAAACUCAAUAAAAAACUAAAACAGUUCAAUUUUCGGCUCAACCUUACGUUGAUUAUGUGCCCCACUAGUCAAAAAAUGAUACUGUCUGAUUCAUCUGCACUUCCCGUGCUGUUUCCUUGCUUUUUUGGCUUUUUCCGCGAGAGCGCAGAGAGAUCAGACGCUUCUAAAUCAGGAAAAAAUCAAACUCAAAAACAAAAAAAUACUCGUAGUGCUUAAUAAAACAGGUAAAAUUCCAGGAAAGCUGUCGAUCCAUAAUUGGAGCGAGAGCGUGGAACGAAUCACCGGUCUUCCCUUGCCGUGGCGAGCCUUGGCCAGUAAAGUGGCCACUUUGAGUGAAGACGGAAAGUACGUGCUUUACAAGGAGGACAAGAUCAUGUGUCAAGUCGGCAGGACCGGGGCUCAGGUAUUGUCAAAGAAUAAAACUUCUUGAAUUUUUUGGUCGCACGCAGAAUGGCUUAAUGGAAACUCAAAAAGUUUCCAAAGAACUACACUCGAUUUUUGGCCAAAAACUUCUAGGUUACUGUAGGUAUUUUUGGAAGUACUGUACUCGAUUUAUCGUCAAAAAGGUUCAAGGUUACUGUAGGUAAUUAUGGAAGAACUUUACUCGAUUUGUCGUAAAAAAACUUUAAGGAUACUGUAGGUAUUCAUGGGAGUACUGUAUUCGAUUUUUGGCCAAAAAGGUUCUAGGUUACUGUAGGUAAUUAUGGACGUACUGUACUCGGUAAUUCGUCAAAAAAAAAUUUUUAGGUUACUGUAGGUAUUCAUGGGAGUACUGUAUUCGAUAUUUCGCCAAAAAAGUGUUGAGGUUACUGUAGGUUUUUAUGGAAGAUAUGUACUCGAUUUAUCGUCAAAAAAACUUCAAGGAUACUGUAGGUAUUCAUGGGAGUACUGUAUUCGAUUUUUCGCCAAAAAGUUUUGAGGUUACUGUAGGUAUUUAUGGAAGAUCUGUACUCGAUUUAUCGUUAAAAACCUUCUAGGAUACUGUAGGUAUUUUUGGAAGAUCUGUACUCGAUUUAUCGUCAAAAAGGUUCAAGGUUACUGUAGGAAAUCAUGGAAGAACUACUCUGGUAACCGUCAAAAAAACUUCUAGGGUACGGUAGGUAUUUUUGGAAGAACUUUACCGCCUUCAAAACUUACCGUAAGACCUUUUUACAUAACAUACUCAAUUUACCAUUUGAAUGCCAAAAAAAACUGUCUAAAAUUCUACAAGACCCUCUCCUUCCUACACGCUAUUGCUCGUCGUUCCAGGACCCUUUUAUUAAAAAGUUCACGGACUUUUGGACAUCUUAACAAGAAGAACCUACUAGACACUCAAUCACUGGAACCAACCUUCUGGAACCCUUUUUAUCGGAAAAAAAAUGCCUGUUCCUUUAAAAUUGAAGAAGAUUGAGCUGAACCUUGGAAGUGUAUUUUUUGAUCAUUUUUCAUGAAAAAUGCUUUUUUUUUUCUAGGACCGCGACGUCGUCGAAUCGCUAUACCGACACAAAAGCACACUGGAAACGCUGUUCCGAUUCAUGGACAAGGAUAAUUCCGGACAAGUCUCCAUGAAGGAGUUCAUCGAGGCUUGUGAGGUAUGGGAAUCGUUUUUUGAAAUUUAUGACAGUUACUCCGAAGAAAUUAUAAACCAAACCUCGAAACGAAAGAAAAAAUAAGUUUUCCGCUUUCAGAGAAGUUUUUUUAAAAUAAAAUCAGGAAGAAAAAACAUCGCGUACCAUCUUUUUGGGUCAUGAUCCCCUGACAUCUGAGUUCAAUAGAUGAUCAUUUUGAGUUGAAACCAGCUCACAGGAGUUUCAGAAUCUUAAAAUUAGAUAAAUAUAAGGAAAUGAAAGAUACGACGUAGAUAUUUAUGCUUAUAAGGAAGGUUAUUUUUCUACGGAAAUUCGCUGAAACUUGACCAGAACAUUCCUUGACGCACCAGAACAAGGCCCUGAAAAUCCCAACUUGCCCAACUUCCUAGUUUCAAGAAAAAAACACCACAAACUCCAAAAAACUCGGCCAUUUUUGGUCUUUGAGCCCUUGUUUUCCAAAAAAUAAGAAGUUUUUCAAGUUGGGACUUUCAGAACUUUCAUACUGUACAUCAGAGAGCACUAUGACCAAUUUUCAUGAAAUUCCCGACCAGAAAGCAAAAUGACCUUUCUUGUUGUGAAAAUUUAAAUUUCCGUAAUGGCGGCGUGUUCAUUUGGGCAAAACGAGACUUUUUCCAAAACUCCAAAAAACCGCUACAAAAUAAAAAAUAGUUUUGAAGAAAAUUCUGGAGAAAGCUGAAGUGGGUCCUAUAGGGAAAACAAAGCCCCCCUCCCCCCGAGGUGUACUAGAGGACCCCCUGAAGCUUCUCCCUUCAGGGGGCCCUAAAAUAUCCCUAGAGGGUCUACUAAAUCUCGAUCUCCCUUUAGGACCCACUUCAGCUUUUCCCAGUUUGGUUUAACAUUUGGGACCUUGGUAACGCGAAUCGGGGCAUUUCUAGUGACCACUCUAGGGCCGUCAGAACCCUUAAGUGAUCCCUAGAAAUCCGCUUUUCGUUCCUCCAAUGAAAACGCCAUUAGAUCCGAUAAAAAGAAAGAAUACGAUUUCGAUCUAUAAUUCAGAUUCCAGAACAAUUUGAAAAAAAACUAAUAAAAUAAUUUACCUUUCCAGGUACUCGGCAAGUACACGAAAAGGCCACUGGCCACCGACUACAUCGCCCAGAUCGCCGAAUCGAUCGAUUUCAAUAAAGACGGAUUUAUCGAUCUGAACGAGCUUCUGGAGGCUUUUCGUCUGGUCGACCGGCCCUUUGGUUGA